CGCAAUUACUCUGCCGUCUACGCAGCCGAACCAUCGAAUCUCGGGACAGAGACAAGCCCCGAAAGUAGCCCAUCAUGGCAACUGCCGAGGGUCUCUCCAAAAAGGUGUGUAGAUGCCCAAAAGUGCGUAAUCCCUCAGCAGACAGUUUUCACGGGGCAAACGCGAAUAGCCAAAACCUGUGGAAAAUUAGUAAUGUAUCCGUGCGCAAGUUGUGCUUCAUACCAGGCGUCUGGUCAGGCGUGCAGUAGUUUCUUGCAUGUGCACUUCGACUCUCCCCAUCUGUUCGUUUGCGGCCAUUGGACGCAGGUGAAGUGGUCCGUCGAGGAAGUGGAGCGGGUUAUUCUUGAGGUGAUUGAAGGUCAGAGCGCGCGCACUCUUCUGAAGUUCUCCUCAUUUCCCAUGCCCGUUCGAAACUCCACUUCUCACCAAGCCGCACAGACUGCACUUGCCACCACGAAAUCCCUUCACCUGAAACAGCCUUGUGACUACAGGACUGGUCGACCGGAGGAUGAAGCACUUCAUCUAGCUUUGUCGCUAACGAAAUCCUUGCUUCGGCUCUGGAACAAGAAAACGUCAACCUUGAGAAAAACGCUUCGAAAUGAGAGGCGUCCACCUUCUUAAUAAGUGCAGCAGUCCAGUCAGAUGUUUACGGUAGAAGGCCUGCAUACCAGCGAUCGAGGUGUCACCAAGUUUCGUUUUCUGAUCGUGCCCCUGAACGCCAUUCCUCCACUUUACUCUGAAGACAACCGACACAAAGAAUGCAUGGCCUUGAAGGACGUCCUCGAUCAGCUGCAAGAUGUUGAGUAUGAUGAAGGCGUUGUCUCCCAGUGGGUGAACAACAUCUGCGAGGAGUGCUCUCGGCGGCUUGUGGAGUUGAAGAAGCCGUUCAAGUACAUUGUGCAAACGGCGAUCCUCCAACGAACGGGCGCAGGUCUCCACGCUGGCUCCUCGUGUUUCUGGGAACCUACCGACGACGGCGCCGUCGUCUGUCUCUGGCCAAGAGAGAGGCUGCAGAAUCAAGACAAGAAAGGCGGUGUCCAGGCAUGUGUGAUUGUCUACGUCAUCAGUCUAUAACAAGCGGAGUUGAUUCUCAUGGAAGGCAUGUUUACAUCCUGGACAGACAGAGACGAUUAAAGUAUGGUCAAUCAAUCACAAGUUCCCAGUUUCUUCUCUUGAUUCCACUUCGUACAGAGUUGAGAAGCACGGUUUUCUCGAAAAAUGCUUCUGUCUCCUCGCUUGUUCUUUCACUCUCCUGUGCUGCUCCACCGUGGUUAUGCCUCGUCGCUAUCGAGGUAUAAGACGGCCUUACUUGCCAGAACCCCUCCCAUGGGAACAGUCGAGUUUACGUGUUGUCUUUAUCCCUGUCUGGACAUCGACGAGAUCUGAGGAAAAACGCUGAGAGCGAGCCUUUCCGGAACCCAUUUCGGGCAGAGGUUCCACAAAAAACGUUUUCCUGCCUUUUAAGGAACGCCGCAACCGCGAGGGUUGGGAAGAACAUUCGAGGCGCUUUCAAUCCACUGAAGGGUCAGAACAACUGAUGGCUCUUAUUUGUUGCUUUCAUCGCAGCUUUUCAUGUCACAAGGUGAAUCGGUCAUGGUCAGCCUUUCUCGCGAGUCCACUUGCUCUGAUGUCUGCCAUCGCGCUACCCUUCUGUCCUUGCAGAACCCAACAACGAACCUAUCAAUGUGAUCGGUGUCUCCUGUCUUCGAGCAUUUCGUGUUUCUAAUGCUUGGAGUUCACUCGCAUCGUUCUGCCUCCUGCUGGUGCCCGUUAAGCUGCUGCACGUAAGAGGGCUUGGGACUUGUGUUAAGACAUACACGAACCAGAAUUCCAUGUCCGUGCAAAAAAACUGGGAACCGAAAAGAAGUCUUUCCAUCACUCGCCUUGUCUGAAAAAGCAACGCACUUCAUUUGAUCUGCCGUCUACUGUUCGUGAAACUGUUAUAGAUGCAUCGCAUGGAAAGUGUUUCCCCUUGCCUCCCCGUUGCUCCGAUUCCAAAAAGAAGUUCACAAGUAGUUCUUCCCCAUCAACCUGAAGGGGUCAAGCCGCAAGAUGCCGGUAUUCCAUUCCCGUUCUCCCUUUGUGCAUGCGCC